CUAAAGAAAUUUCAAACAGUUGCGGCCGUGAGGCGCUAGUGAACGCAUCUUGAAAUCGAACAAAAAUAUAGCAGAGAAAUUCAUUACGCGAAAAUGAAGUCUUUUUAUUUGAUCCUGGCUUUUCUGGCUGUAAGCCAAGGCAGAGUGCUGAAUAUCCCUGUGGCCAUUGUCGAGGAUCAGGCUAAGCCAGUGGCUUUACCUUUGGUUAAGGAGGACAUCAAGCCAGAGGAAAUUAAAGUUGUGGUUCAGGAAGAAAAGGCCAAGGAUCUGAAGGAGGAAAUUAAGCCGGAAGUUAAGCCGGAAAUUAAGGAGGAGAUUAAGCCCGAAAUUAAAGAAGAAAUUAAAACAGAAGUUGAGACCGAAAUUAAAGAGCAGACUAAGCCUGAAAUUAAAGAAGAGAUUAAGCCAGAAAUUAAGGAGGAGCUUAAAGAGCAGAUUAAACCCGAAAUUAAGGAUGCUGUAAAGCCAGUCAUUAACGAGGAGCUUAAAGAGCAGAUUGAAGAACAAAUUAAGCAGCAGAUCAAGGAAAAACCCUUGGAGCUGAAAGAAAAAUCUCUGGAAAUAGUUAAGGAGCAACCCGAGGAGAUUAAACAACAGACUUCGGAGGUCAAAGAGCAAGCUGCUCCAACUGUUUUAAAGGAGGCAAUCCCGGAGCAGGAGGAGAUUCAGGAUGCAGCCCAGCCUCAAGUUCGCCAGGCCACCCAGGCCACGCCCACCCAGCAGAGCACCACGCAGGGCAACUUUGUGCAGCAAUUGAUCCAGAAUUCCCCCAUCGGUCAGUUCCUGAAUCAGUUCCAGCCUCAGCCAGCCAACAAUCCGGCUCCUCCGGCUGCUGCUGUUGUGCCACUUCAGACCCAAGCCGAUGAGGUAGCAACUCCAGCUCCCACGGUUCCCGGUUUCCUCAAUCCCCAGGCUGCCAUCACUUCCGCCCAACAGGCUGUGCAAAAUGCAGCCCAGAGUGCCGUGAAUGCCACCACUCAGGCCUUCCAGGGCAUCCAGCAGUUCGCCAGCAAUCUGGGCAAUCAGUUCCAGAACACUUUGUCCAGUCUGACAGGUCAACAGCAGGCGGCUGUGGCCACCACGCCACGUCCACCAGGUCCCAUUCAGCAGUUCGUGAACAAUGUUUUUGGGGGCAAUAGCAAUGCCACGGCUGCCGCUGCUCCGGCUGCCCAGCAAAGUGGCAAUCCCCUCCAGGGAAUCAUCAACUUCCUGGGUGGCAAUCGCCCGCAGAAUGCACCACCAGCCUCGCCAGCAACUCAGGCCCCGGAAAAACCAGCUGUCGAUGACAAAAUCGAUCCUGCCAAGGAUGAGGUGCAGGAGUUUGUCCCCGAAACCGACAAUGAAAUACGUUCGAGUGGCGAAGCCAUCGAUGAUUCCUUCGAGGAGGCUGGAGUUCCAUCCAAUGAGGUCAUUGUGGUCAACGAUGAUGCCGGCGAUGUCGUCGAUCCUGUCCCGAAUCAGCCACUAACCAACGAUGCAGUGGCUCUCUAGGAUGGCUUAAGUUAAGAUUCAUUCACACAAACCGACUGACGCAUUUUCAUCCAUAUUUUUCGACGUCAAUUGAGAAUGACACGGGAAAAUGCCUCUUUAGUUUUCUAAGUGCAUGCACCGCAGCAAAUUAUUUAUUUCAUACUCAGCCCAGGAAUUUAUCUAUAAAAACAAUGAGAGAAUACAAAUCAUUAAAUAAAUGAAAAUCUAAUAAAA